AUGUUCAAGCGUUCAUUCCGAUCGAACGACCGCGUGGAGAAAUCGCAGGCUGUCAAGUUGAAGAAAUCGUAUUAUCGAGAUCCCGCCAAGUUAUCGAAAUUGCAGCGGUCGUUUGAGGCCCCUCCGCAGCACCCUCGCAGCCCGCCAACUGCGAGCGAUGUUGGCUCCCUCACCAGCCCUAUCGUGACCUUUACGAUAGGAAAGGAAGGACGACUGUUUGCGGCGCACGAGGAUGUGCUUGUGCAAUCGCCUUUUUUCGAGGCGGCCUGUAGAAGCCAGCUUCUUGCGCAGAGCAAGAGGAUUGAUCUGCCGGACGAAGAACCGGAGAUCUUCUCAUGCGUCUUGGAGUACCUUUACAAGGGUGACUACUACCCCCGCUUGUUGCACAGCAAGCGCCGCAACUCUUGGGAACUCGAAGACGCAGCAGUAAACUCCCCCAACCCCCAAAACCCUUCCGGUGGUCGCGGAUCCGUCGAAGCAACAAUUUAUAUCUCGGCCGUGGGCGAAUACCUCUUGAAGGACACGGUCAUAUACUGCGCAGCAGAGAAGUACGGCCUGGAAGAGCUCAAGCGCCUUGCCCUCAGAAAGCAAGGUCUGCAAAGCGGUAUCGAGGUUGCAACGAUUCUGCGCUCUGCGCGGUAUGCGUAUGACCACACGCCGGACUCAGAUUCGCGGCUCCGCGCUCAUUAUCUGGCGCUGAUCAUUAGAUGUCGUAAGACAUUUAAGCGGAGCGGAACCAUGCAGUUAGAGAUGGAGAGUGGGGGCAAACUUUUCUUUGAUCUCUUUGUCGCGCUGUGUAACCAUGUUGAUGACAUUGUGGAAAUGGGGUACGUCCAUCACCAGUGA